GACUGUCAUGAUGAAUGCCAGCUUCCUCGUGGUCUUGUAGUGAUGACUUUAGAACAACAGAAUAUCACACUAGAAUCAGCCAGCUUACACGUACAGGGGAAUCAAACUAAAACGAACUCGUCAACGGCAUUCUCCAAACUUCAUCUCCCUACUUACUUUGUUGAUAUUAGAGUUGAAAACUAUGCAGGCCUAGUAACCUAUUCCAAGUCUGACGCUGUGUUGAUUGACACUACCCCACCACACAUUGAGUAUGUGAAAUGCAUGGAUCCCACUUACUCUUCCGAUGAAUCCAUUCAGUUCCUUGGUAACAAUAACUCAGUCAGUGUUACAUGGGAAGCGGGAGAGGAUGUUAGUGGAAUUGUCUCUACAUGUGUAAGCAUAGGCACAGCUCCUGGUCUGCAGGAUAUUCGUGCUGACAUAUUUGUUUCUGUCAAUAAGUCAUUAACAAUUAAUGGUCUUGGUGGCAAACUUAUUCACAUGCAUCAAUACUUUGUGAAUGUUGAGGUAGAAAAUGGAGCUGGACAGAAAACUAUGAAAUCGUGUAACUUUACGAUGGACAUACUUCCUCCAGAUACACUGCAUGCUGUUGCUGCUUCAAUGUUUUCUGAAUCUAAUACCAGUAGCAACGAAGAAGUGGAACUAACACGCUAUACAGAUAGGAUAGGCCUCGAAUGGGAUGACAAAAGUAUCACAGGUGCACAGUAUUAUGAAUGGAAAAUUGGCAGUUCUUCAGAGCGACAUGACAUAUUUCCUUUAAUGAGAAUUGGGAAGAAGCAAGCUAAAAGUGUGGGAAUAGUCGCUGGUGAAAUGAGACUAGACGGAAUUCAGAAAAACCCAGGCCUUGGAGAAUUUUUUGAACGAAAUAUGACAAAUGUCAAAAAUGUAAAGCAAGACAGGAAGAAAAAUCAGUUCAAGUUAGAGCCUGGUCGCUGCAUUUACCAGUCACUCUAUGCUGUCAGUAGAUCUCAUCUGCACUCCAAGAUUCGUUCUAAUCCAUUAUGUAUUAAAAGAAAAAAGGACAAACUGAUUAAGCCUGGGAUAAAGCGUGUUGUUGUGAACGAUAAUGGAGAAGUCUUUGUUGAGAGCCCUACUAAGUUGAAUCACAAACCUGCACUUGCAGUUAAUAUUGACGUUGAUGACGGUGGCCUCUCAGUUGGUGUUCUUGAUGAGACAGACGUCCAGAGUUUAUAUGGAUCAACGGCUUCAGCAGACUAUCACCCGUACAUAGCGGACCCAGACCUCACAUCACACCAGCUGUCGCGGUUCCUCAAACAGAGGUUGAUAUCAACAAUGAAACCGAUGUUUUACCUUGCUCCAAUCCCGACGGUCAAACUCAGGAAUAAAAUUAAUGUGGCCAAACCUUAUGAUAAGAGUUCAUUAAAAGAGAGGACAGAAGUAGAUCUUCUUUACUGGGAUAACGGUGAUCAAUCGUGGCGAAGUGUCCAGGAAUCAUGUGGCCUAGGAAACCAGGCCAGUGUAACAUCAUCAUCAUUCGAAAAUGAGGUAUGUGAAGAUAUAUUCAGCGAUGCACAAGUGACAUUUCUGGAACAUGGCAGAGACAAGCGAAGCACAGAAAGUCUUUCUUCCCCUAGACAUUUCUUGAUAGCAGUAGUCAACACUAGUCUUAGUAAUUCCAUUCCAUCCAUUGUGACUACAAACAUUGAAGGCAAAGAAGAUAAUGUUCUGGAGGCUAAGAUAGACUUUUCUGACGCCGAUGGAGACAACCUUACGUUUACUAUCAAAAGUCAACCCUUACAUGGCACUGCCAAUAUAUCUCACAAUGGAAUACUGAACUAUAUGCCUGAACGCGAUUUCACUGGCGUGGACCAGUUAGAAAUAAGUGCUGUAGAAGUCAUAGAUGCCCCAGCAAUCACACCUCAUGAGCUGUCAGCUGUCAUCAGUAUUACUGUUGAAAAUGUGAAUGAUGCUCCAACUCUGUUCUUUGAAAACUCAAGUAAAAGUCUAUUAAAUUCUGAAGAAUCCGAUGCAGUGAACAUUGAACUCACAAAUGAACACACAAAGCAUCUUGUUGGGACAUUUUGGAUGGCAGACAUAGAUAAUGGUGAUUUUCUUUCCUACCAUAAUAAAUUUCCUGAGCACUCGUCUUUGAAUUUUACUCUGGUUCCACAACCACCUCAGGAUCAAGAAUAUGCACAAGACAUCGUUGGUUCGUUUGGAACUGUCAGCCGGCAGCAGCUGUGGUUGUAUCACCUUUCUAAUUAUACAGGCUCCACAAAUGUGUCUUUCAUCAUUGUGGAUCAAGACAAUGCCUUCAGUCGUCCCAUCAUCAUACAGGUGCGUGUCAACCCACACGGAGAUCCAAAGGUAGAUGGCGGCCUUUCUGCAGUCAUCAUUGCCGUGCUUGUCGUUUUCGGUGUUAUACUCUUGGUUGCCACUGCUGCGAUUUCCUUGAGAUACUACAUGAACGUUAAGAACAAAAUCAGUGAUGUCAGUGACCUGCCUGAUCAUGUUUUUGAUAAUUCCCCAAAAGUGCGGUUCACCAAUACCCAGAGUGAUUUGAAACAGCAAGACAUGUUUCGACGUCGAUUCGACCAUGGAAGUGCAACACAGAGAGGAGAACCGUCUGUAGACAUAACUGCAGUCUCCCCUCGUGUUACAACUCCUGACGUCAGGCACAUUAAACUGGACACUGAUAUGGUAAAAGUUGACAUAUAAGAAACUUCCAUUAACUAUUCCGUAUAUAUUGUCCUUGGUAUGUAUGACGCAUUUGGCACAAUAUAUAUAAUGUAUCAUUUCCUGUGAUUCUAGAAAAUAUAUGCGUCCUGUUUUACUAUACUAUCAUGUAUACUAUCAUGGAUAUAUAUAUAUAUGUAUUAUGCUUAUGCAUGCUGUGUUUGAGAAUACGAACACCAGAGGAAAUAUGCUACACAUUUCUUGUUCAGAUAUUGUAUUUCUGACUGGUAUUUAACUUAGAAUAUAAUUACUGCAUUAGUUAAAAACACAACGUAAUUACAUGUAUGUUUUUCAACUUGCCUAUUCCGUCCCUAUACAAUGCAUUUGUGUUACAUUCUUUAAAUAAUUGUUUUAAACAUGUGGCUGUGUUUAAACGAAUAUAUUACACAUUAUACAGUGUUAUACGCUAUAGCAAACAUCUGAAUGCUUAUAGAAAUAUGUGGUACUAAUGAAAAUGAUGCCUCCCGACUUCAGUAUUUCUGAAAUGGGUAUGUAUGUUAUGUAUGUCCCCUCCCCCACCAUCUCCCAAUCAUUUUUAUUCUAAUCUACAUUUUCUUCAGUGGGUCAAGAAAUUGUUAUGUGUGUACUGGUUGUAAUUGGUUGGCACCAACCGAUCAACGUUCGAUUACAUAAGUGGUUAAUUAUGCGAACAUAGCACGUAAAUGCUAUUUAAUACCUUUCUUGUUAUGCACACAUAACAACAAACCCUAAGCCCAGCAUAUUUACAUCAUUUAAUCCUUUUAUAAUCGAUCAUUACAUGGCUAGAGCCAAACCGUACACUUUUGAAUUAUAAUCAGUAGAUCAUUGGAACAUCACUACUAGUUUCCCCUACAAAUUAGUAAACAUAUAUCAAAAAACUAAAUACAUUACAAUAAUAUUAGGUCAGCCCAUUUGUAUAGGUACCUUCGGGUUCCCCAAAACACAAAUUUGAUUUUAGACUUGUAUGCUGAGGAAUGCUAAUACGUGUUUAUCUUUUGCUAAAUCUAGAUUCCUUCUGUCAUCUUUCAUCUAUUCAACAAUCAAAUUCUGAAAAAGUUUACGACCAUAAAUUGUUAAAUCUCGAAACAUGCUGGUAUAUUCAUUUAAAAUGUAGUAAAAUUGGAGGUUCUUGCAUUCCAACAUAUUAUUCGUUUGGUAAUCGAACAUAAACUAUAUUGCAUAAAACGCUAAGACACAGAUGUUGUAACGUAAAAACCGGUUUAUACAAUGUUAGAUUUCGUAUUGAUUAUUCAUGUAGUUGUGGAUAUUAUUUUAAAAUAUAUAUACUUUUUUCUUUCAAUGCAAUUUGUAUGAACAGCAGAGCUGCAUUCUCAUGGAUUACAAAGGUUUAAACUUUAACUUAAGUUGUACUUAAAUGGAAAAGUUAUUUUAAGUGAAGACAAUAAUGACGUAAUGUAUAAAAGAAACAAAAUGUUCUCUUCAAAUAUUGAAUGUUUUAAUUAUCACAUAUGGGUUGAAGGUGUCAUAUUGUAUGAUUUGUUUUAUAUUUUACUGUAGGUGUCGUACGAAUGCUAUUAGAUGAUCAAACUGAAACUCUCUGUCUCUCUUUUUCUCUAUCUCUCUCUCUCUCUCUCUCUCUCUGAAUGAGUUCGAUCCUCUCUCUCUCUC